AUGUCCGGUAAAAGAAGAGGCUGGUCAGAUUCAGCACCACUACUUGCCCAGCAACAUUCACUGCAAAAAUCUCAACAUCCAUAUCAACCUCGUUCAGUCUCUCUCGAGAUGACCACCUCCGCCGUCCCAGCCACCGCCCGCUCCGUCUUCCUCGGCAUCGACGUCGGCACCGGCAGCGCCCGCGCAGGGCUGUUUGAUGAAAAUGGGAAGCUUCUGGGUUCUUCGAGCAGCCCGAUACAGAUUUGGAAAGACGGUGAUUGCGUUGAGCAAUCUUCUACAGAUAUUUGGCAUGCGAUAAGUGCAGCUGUGAAAGCAGCGUGCUCCCUCGCAGAAGUUUCCAAGGAAGAAGUGAAGGGUAUGGGGUUUGCGGCUACUUGUUCGCUUGUUGCAGUGGACGCCGAAGGCUCUCCUGUUACGGUUUCUUGGAGUGGCGAUUCAAGAAGGAACAUAAUAGUAUGGAUGGACCAUAGAGCUGUAGAACAAGCUGAAAGGAUCAAUUCACGUAACUCAACUGUAUUGCAGUACUGUGGUGGAGCUCUUUCCCCUGAGAUGCAGCCUCCAAAGCUUCUAUGGGUGAAAGAAAAUCUGCCCGACUCUUGGUCAAUGGUCUUCAGGUGGAUGGACUUGAGUGAUUGGUUAUCAUACAGGGCCACAGGAGAUGAUACACGGAGUCUGUGUACCACAGUCUGCAAGUGGACAUAUCUUGGUCAUGCACACAUGCAUCAAAACAAUGAGAAAGAUUCUCGAGAUAUGGAAGCUUGUGGAUGGGAUGAUGAUUUCUGGGAGGAGAUUGGAUUGAGUGAUCUUGUAGAUGGGCAUCAUGCUAAGAUAGGACGAAGUGUAGCCUUCCCUGGCCAUCCUCUGGGUUCUGGUCUCACAUCAACUGCUGCGAAGGAAUUAGGUCUUGUAGCAGGGAUUCCUGUUGGAACGUCCCUAAUUGAUGCUCAUGCCGGUGGUGUGGGGGUAAUGGAAAGUGUGCCUUUGUCUGAUUCUGAGCCUAAAGAGUCUGAUAAGGAAGCUCUAUGCCGUCGUAUGGUGUUAGUCUGUGGAACUUCUACUUGCCAUAUGGCCAUAUCACAGAACAAGCUUUUUAUUCCAGGGGUCUGGGGUCCAUACUGGUCAGCUAUGGUACCCGAACAUUGGCUCACAGAAGGUGGCCAGAGUGCUACUGGUGCAUUAUUGGAUUACAUAGUAGAAAACCAUGUCGCUUCUCCUCAUCUUGCAAAUCGUGCUGCUUCUCAACGUAUUUCUUUGUUUGAACUUCUGAACAAGAUAUUGGAAACAAUGAUGCUUGAUCUGAAGCGUCCAUUCCUUGCUUCUUUGACUGAAGAUAUGCAUGUUCUUCCUGAUUUUCACGGGAACAGGUCGCCAAUUGCAGACCCAAAAGCAAAAGGUAUGUUGUGUGGCCUAACACUUGAUACAAGUGAGAAGCAGUUGGCUCUUCAGUACCUUGCCACAGUACAAGGUAUUGCAUAUGGUACGCGUCACAUUGUAGAGCACUGCAAUGCCCAUGGUCACGAAAUUGACACAAUACUAGCAUGUGGAGGCCUUGUUAAGAAUGCGCUAUUCAUUCAAGAACAUGCAGAUAUAAUCGGUUGCCCUAUAAUUCUUCCACGAGAAAGUGAGCCUGUGCUCUUGGGUGCUGCCAUUCUUGGUGCUGUUGCUGUAAGGAAAUAUUGUAGUCUGCAUGAGGCAAUGAAGGCCCUAAAUGCAGCGGGUCAGGUCAUCCAUCCAUCCAAAGACCCUAAGGUGAAGAAGUACCAUGAUGCCAAGUACCGCAUUUUCCGUGAACUUUAUGAGCAGCAGCUAUCUCAUCGUUCGCUAAUGGCUGAAGCCUUGGCGUAG